AUGUCUUCAGUUGAAAACCUACCAGUCCCUGUUGAAGAAAUACCUUCGUCUGACGUAAUCAUUACCUCAGAAGACGUUCCAACUUCCACCCAAGAUGUUUCAGUCACCCUUCAAGACCCGGAAAAUCAGAAGGAAAAUAUAUCCCAAGCUGGGCCAAUUUCCGUCGAAAGCAAAGAAACAGAGGCUCAAGAUUCUCCCACAUCGACAGAUCUGGGCUUGUUAGAGAUGACAACUCCAGUAGUGUCUGUUCCAGAGGAAGAAACAGCAAAGGACGAAAGCCAAAACGAAGAUUCUGCAACUGAUCAACUGCUUGAUUUUCUUUCGUGA